GUGCCAUUAGAGAUCAAGAAUUACAUAUCACAGAACUAUAUUCUCCACGCAGUGGUGCUGAUCAACAGAGCGACGGAUGUUGGACGGAAACCCUAUAUGGAAAAGGUCGUCGACUUAGUUCAGACCAUUGCGGACAUCAAGAGACAGCGCGAGAAGAUGGCGUAUGUCGUGAAAACGAAUAUGGAGUUACUGUGUAUGAAAAUAGCGAUGUCGGUGAACUCGGAGAGUAUGACGCCGUCCGAGAUUGAGUACGCGAAGCAUCAACAAGUGCCUCAAUUUCCAUAUAAAUACAAAAACAGUGACAUAGAUGCGGAGAUGUGUUUGAAUGAGAGUCUGGCAUUGAAGGCAGACUUUGACUUCCAAGAGCAGUUAAUAGCGUUAUCGUCUGCAGCGUGCAUACUUGGGGAGAAAGUGUGUCAGAACAUCAUCACGGCGAUCUUAGAAUCAAAUGUUGAGUCUUUAAAUGUUGUGUUUGGGAUCCACCGACUGUCUCCGGACAAGAAAGUACCAGUGGAGACUGAUUUCAUCGACCAAGGGACGUUCCAGAAGAUUAAAGGGAAGACACAACACUUGUCAUCAGUCGAUCGAUUUGAUUUGUGUUUGAAAAUAGUCUUGAGAAUGAUCUGCUUGCAUGCAUUGCUGUGCGCGAAGAUGGAAGAGUUCAAAGGGAAGAUGGUGGAGUAUAACCAGAGUAUCGAUGUCGACGAACUCGAGGUGUCAUUUGCCGCGACGAAAGAUGAACGAGUGAGAGAGAGUAUCACAUCGAAGAGAAGUCGAUGGGGAAGAAGAAUAGCGAAGCCAAAGAUCAUUGAAAGUAUGUUUACAGAACAAAAAGAAGAGAAACAUGUGGAACUCCAACAGACAAAAAGCUUUGUGAAGAGUUCUUUGGAAUUUGUGUGGGACAAAAUUCAAAAGUUCUUAUACAAAGUCUUAGUCUUGCGCAUUUUCGAAACGGAAGAAAACGCGACGAAAAAUAUCACCGAGACAAAACCUUUUGUCUUUGCUAAUGCAGAAGACGGAGGAGACAAGGAUGAAAGCGAGAAGUAUAAACUCGCACGUAAAACACUGACGGCAGAGAACGUCAGAAAGCUGUUGGCUUCACUUGAAAACUUCUUGAAAAACGUCAAGGACACAUGUAUGUUUGAUGAAGAGAGUAAGUACUCAAUCAUCGAGAAAUGUAUUACUCUCAUCAAAAAGGAUUUGAAGGACAACAAGUACACUAUGUAA